AGGAGAGGUCUGCGCCCUCAUCGGCUGUCUGCAGUGAAAAAUGGAGCAACAAGGAGAGCAGAGGCACAAAACUCCAGGGCGAUCUCCUCCCGGUCUGACGUACCCAAAACUGCUGGUAUAAAUGAAUUCGCGGCGUCACCAGGCUCAGAUGAUUCGCAGCACCAGUGAGCGCACCGGGCUGUCAACACUCACGGGCUAUAACACGCGCAAUAUCCCCCCGCCCCCCUCACAAACACACACACACACACACUCACAAACACGCCUGCGUCAUGCGUCCUGAGAGCGACUGCACGAACUCGGUAACUCCGAUGGACCCCGGUAAAACGCACAGCAGCAGCAGUUUGAGGGGCUGACUGUAUCCCGCAUUUCUGUCCAGAAGCGCGGGUGUGCCCCCCCGCCCCCCAACCCCACCCCCCACACACCUUCACCACUGCUCUGGGAAAGUUGCGCUCUGAGUGUGGUCGCAUCAUGGAUUUUUUAACCACAAGCGGCAACGACAGCAACGCGACCGCCAGCGGUUACCCUCACGGGGUGGACGUGGUCGCCGACUGGGACGGGGGCGAGAAUGGCACGGGGUCUGGGUCUCUGCCAGACGUGGAGCUGAGUUACCAGAUAAUCACCUCUCUGCUCCUGGGGUCCCUCAUCCUCUGCUCCAUAUUUGGCAAUGCGUGCGUCGUGGCAGCCAUCGCCCUGGAGAGAUCUCUCCAGAACGUGGCUAACUAUCUGAUCGGAUCUCUGGCCGUGACCGACCUCAUGGUAUCGGUGCUGGUUCUGCCGAUGGCGGCCCUCUACCAGGUUUUGAACAAGUGGACACUGGGACAGGAGAUCUGUGAUUUAUUCAUCUCUCUGGAUGUACUGUGCUGCACAUCAUCCAUCCUGCAUCUGUGCGCAAUUGCCUUGGACAGGUACUGGGCCAUAACAGACCCAAUUGACUAUGUAAAUAAACGGACACCAAGGCGAGCUGCGCUCUUGAUUAGCGUGACUUGGCUAGUUGGUUUCUCCAUCUCUAUUCCGCCUAUGUUAGGCUGGAGAAGCGCCGAAGACAGGGCGAACCCCGACGCUUGCAUCAUCAGCCAGGACCCGGGCUACACCAUCUACUCCACGUUUGGGGCUUUUUACAUCCCCCUUAUCCUCAUGUUGGUCCUGUACGGGCGGAUAUUCAAGGCUGCUCGCUUUCGGAUUCGAAAGACAGUUAAGAAAACCGAGACAGCACAAGUGUCAGACAAGUGCUUGACCGUGUCUCCGGCCAUCUUCCACAAGAAAACCAACGGGGAGGCCGGGGGCAAAGGCUGGAAGCGCAGCGACGAGUCGAAAACAAGCUCCCCGUGCGUAAACGGCGCGGUGAAGCAUGGAGAAGAGGGUGAGUCGUUAGAGAUCAUAGAAGUUAUCAGCAACUCGAAGACGCACCUGCCUCUGCCCAACACCCCUCAGUCCUCGCAGGGCUACGAGAACAUGAAUGAAAAGAACUCGGGGGCGAAGAGGAAGAUCGCGCUGGCCCGAGAGCGCAAAACGGUGAAAACGCUGGGGAUCAUCAUGGGAACUUUCAUCUUCUGCUGGCUGCCCUUCUUCAUCGUCGCGCUGGUGCUGCCUUUCUGUGCGGAGAGCUGCUACAUGCCCGACUGGCUUGGCGCAGUCAUAAACUGGCUGGGCUACUCCAACUCUCUCCUCAACCCCAUCAUAUAUGCCUACUUCAACAAAGACUUCCAAAGUGCUUUCAAGAAGAUUUUAAAAUGCAAAUUCCACAGGCCGUAACCACACACGGCAAAAAAAAGAAAACGCGUCUUGAACGUAAACGUGGAGUAAUUAAAUGGACUGUAUGGACCUGCAAAAAGUAACCCACAGACUUUCAUUCAGGGACUGUCUCUUUUCGGUGUGUGUUUUAAGGACCAUGUAAAAAAAACAAAAAAGAAAAUCCGCAGGUCACUGGCCGCUGAUGAAAUGAGACAGGACAGGAACAGUCGCUGUUAAUGUACAAGCUCAUGUUUAUUCAGUGUUGUAGCUACAGUAUAUAGCCUAUAUGCGACGGCAGCCAUCGUUGUAUUGCCAUGCCAAGACGUGUCAUGUGCCGAUUCCAUGCAUUUUAUCAUGAGACACGCGGGGUUUCCGUCCUACAUCACGAGCUUUGUAGCACUGAAACAAUAAAAGCAAUCAGAGUUUGUCCUUAAGAAAUACGAGUCAAUUUUUCAUUUAGAAAAUCAGACAGUAAUGA